AUGAAGAUGAGGCCAAAGGCCGAGGAUAAGAAGAAAGGUGCUCGUCGUGGUAAGCGAAAGAGGAUUACGAGCAAGCGAAAGAUUGGAAGAAAGCGGAUAUAUUCAAAAGCUAAGAGAGCCCGAGCGACCAAAUCAAGAGAGGAAGGACAGACUCAUGAGUACUUUGAGGAAAAACGUAAUCUGGAAGAUUUGUGGAAGACUGCAUUUCCAGUGGGAAUUGAGUGGGGCUUAUUUGAUGACCUUAAUUUAUGA